UAUUGCUGGCAGUAGAGCACGUGGGUUCGUUUUAUCAUGAUUUCCCACCGAGUUUCUCAUAGAUUUUAUAGUAUUGUGACAUUAUCUACAAACAGACAAUAUUAUUCGUCGUUAUCUCCUUAUCUGAAUAGGAAGAUCUUCGGACAAGAAGCAAGUACAACUUUGUAUGGCAAAAGAUGUAGGGACAGCCGUGGCAUCUCGUUCUCGGCGGCUGCUGUCGCUCAGUUACAUUGCAACCGAGGCCCCAACCGCAUCCGGAUUAUGUCCACGCACAAGACCGAAGACCUGAACAGACUUCACAAUGGCGUGACGAAUGGGUUUGGCCCCAAGACACCGUUCUUAAUAGGUGUGGCGGGUGGCACGGCCUCUGGAAAGUCGACAGUAUGCAAACGCAUCAUGGAAAAACUGGGACAGGAUGACAUAGAACACUCACAAAGAAGGGUGGUAUGCAUUUCACAAGAUUCAUUUUAUCGUCCGCUCACGCCAGAAGAGUCUUCCAAGGCCCUCAAAGGCCUCUUCAAUUUUGAUCAUCCCGAUGCUUUCGAUAAUGAGCUCAUUUUGAAAACGCUCCGUCAGAUAUUGGAUGGAAGAUAUGUAAGGGUUCCGGCUUACGACUACAAGAAUAACCUUGCUAAACUGGAUGCACUAUUGGAAAGCACAACAACACUCUAUCCUGCUGAUGUAGUGUUGUUUGAGGGUAUCUUAAUGUUCUACCAACCAGAAAUUCGAUCUCAUUUCCACAUGAAGUUGUUCGUUGACUCAGAUGCAGACACUCGGCUAGCCAGGAGAGUAAUGCGAGACACCAGAGACCGUGCCAGAAAUUUAGAGCAUGUCUUAAAUCAAUACACGAACUUAGUAAAACCUGCCUUCGAAGAAUUUUGUUUGCCUACAAAGAAGUUUGCGGAUGUCAUAAUUCCAAGGGGAGCAGAGAACACAGGUUAGUUGAGUUUUCUUGUUCUGUUUUCCUCGUUUCCAGUUUAGUGCACAACUAGUCAUAACAAAUGAUGCUAGGUGG